CAUGGUGAAGACAUAAAUAUCUUAGCUAGGGCUCAGCAGAGAAAUUGAAGAAAAAUAAAGAUAACACCAGAACAGUUAUGUGAAGAUCGAUCAGCAAACUUUAGAGAUUUCUACUUUGAUGUUGAGCCAACAAUGAAAGAAGGAGCAGAAAAAGGAGAAGGAAGAAGAACUCCACUGGACACUCAAGGAUAUGAAUAGCAUUUUAGAUCAGUGAAUAACCAGCAGUGACAUUAGACAUUGAACUUUCUCUGUUCUGACAUGGAAAGUGCCCUGCCGAGUAUCCUCACGCUUGUAAUAAUUGCAGAAUUCAUAAUUGGGAAUUUGAGCAAUGGAUUUAUAGUACUGAUAAACUGCAUUGACUGGGUCAGUAAAAGAGAGCUGUCCUCAGUUGAUAAAAUCCUCAUUAUCUUGGCAAUCUCCAGAAUUGGGCUAAUCUGGGAAAUAUUAGUAAGUUGGUUUUUAGCUCUGCAUUCUCUAGCCAUAUUUGUGUCUGGAACAGGAUUAAGAAUUAUGAUUUUUAGCUGGAUAGUUUCUAAUCACUUCAGUCUCUGGCUUGCUACAAUCCUCAGCAUCUUUCAUUUGCUCAAAAUAGCGAGUUUCUCUAGCCCUGCUUUUCUCUAUUUGAAGUGGAGAGUAAACAAAGUGAUUCUGAUGAUACUGCUAGGAACCUUGGUCUUCUUAUUUUUAAAUCUGAUACAAAUAAACAUACAUAUAAAAGACUGGCUGGACCGAUAUGAAAGAAACACAACUUGGAAUUUCAGUAGGAGUGACUUUGCAACAUUUUCAGUGUCGGUCAAAUUCACUGUGACUAUGUUCAGUCUAACACCAUUUACUGUGGCCCUCAUCUCUUUUCUCCUGUUAAUUUUCUCCCUGCAGAAACAUCUCCAGAAAAUGCAACUCAAUUACAAAGGACACAGAGACCCCAGGACCAAGGUCCAUACAAAUGCCUUGAAAAUUGUGAUCUCAUUCCUUUUACUCUAUGCUAGUUUCUUUCUAUGUAUUCUCAUAUCAUGGAUUUCUGAGCUGUAUCAGAACACAGUGAUCUACAUGCUUUGUGAGACGAUUGGAGUCUUCUAUCCUUCAAGCCACUCCUUUCUUCUGAUUCUAGGAAACUCUAAGUUAAGACAGGCCUUUCUUUUGGUGGCAGCUAAGGUAUGGGCUAAACGAUGAGAAACUCACAGUUUCAUAAGCCAUUCAGACCACAGAUUAUUGAAUAUUGCAGACAGAAACAGGAGUCUACAAAGAGUUUAAAAGAUAUUUUAUGCUUCCCCUGGUUUCUUUUAUUGUGAAGGUCACUGUAAAUUUUUUAAAUUCUUCUCUAUAAUAGCAUCUUAUCUAAGAAUAUUAUGUAUUUAUGACAUGUAUUUCUACAUUAUUAGGAAUUUGAAACUUAUUUGAGGAAAUUAUUGGCAGAUUCUGUUGUAAAUUAAAAACAUAUACUACAGCAUACUUAGAUGUUAAUUGUAAAUCUACAAUCUUUUGUUUGGCAAUGGCUCUUCAAUUCUAAAUCAUUCAUUGGGAUGGGUGAUUUAGGUAAUUAUUUUAUUAUCUCAAGUACUCCUAUUUAAAUGGCGAAUUACAGAUAACUAGAACAGUUAUUUGGAAUAGAAUUAGGGAAGUUUGGA